GCACAUUUGAAGGGUAAGUCAGACUUCAAACUCGAUUUUGUUUUGGGAUUUUCUCAGUUCAACGGAAGAAUGUGAAACACUGGCUUUGGCGAAGUGGAGGCAUUUAAUGAGAGAAGCUGCAGCUACAAUCUGAAUCCACGUUUCCUGGAAGGACAAAAGCAGAUUCUCGGCAUCUUUGUGGAUUUCUUAAGUCUGAUUGCCUUCUUGCUGUGGUUGAGAAAAAAAAAAAACACUGCCCCACAAUGGCUCCUUCUCUUAGGCUGAUUACAUUGAUACUUUUACACUGUGUAUUGUUACUGUCCAUUAGCCAAUGCAAAGGCCAGAAGGACUGCACAGGUGUGGAAUGCCCGUUACUGGAAAAUUGUAUUGAGGAGGUUUUAGAAAGGGAUGCAUGUUGCUCCUCCUGCAUGCAAACAGGAUGCACUUGUGAGGGUUACCAGUAUUACGACUGCCUCAAUGCAGGGUUCAGGAAUGGCAAAGUUCCAGAAUCAAAGUCUUACUUUGUUGAUUUUGGAAGCACAGAGUGCUCCUGUCCCAAAGGAGGAGGCAGGAUAAGUUGCCACUUCAUUCCUUGUCCUGAGAUACCUCAAAACUGCAUUGAUCUGUCAGAGCCGGCUGAUGGGUGCACGCAGUGUGAGCGCAUUGGCUGUGUCAAUGAAGACCAGAAGUAUGAGGCUGGACACACUUUCCAGAUGGAUCCAUGCAAGGUGUGCCACUGCCCCAAUGCUGGGGGUGAGCUCAUGUGCUACCCUGUUCCAGACUGUGACCCGAAUAAGAAAACUGCAUUUCCAGCCACCGCUGAAGAAAAUGUUUCUGAAAAACAUUACAACGAUCCUUACGCGUAUGACCAAGACGCCUCCGAACUGUUGCCCAAAGAAUCUAAUAUGAGUCGUGAUCGACUCCUGCCACUUUUUAAGACAGGCAACCCGAGCACAGCAGAAAAUGAGGAUUAUUAUUUUACCCACACUGAUACAGGGACAACUACAGAGUAUGAUCUUCCUGCACCAACCAGCUCAGCAGUGAUUUCUGUGUCCUACCUUGAAACCCCAGCUCCUUAUGAAAAUCAGGACGGGCAGGAAGCACAAGAACGGAGCGAGACAAUAGCAACCCAAGAAGAAGAAGAAGAAGAAGAAGAGGUGGAAUACAGGGAAGACACUACAAAAAGUCCUUUAAUCUAUGAAACCACACAGGGUGCCCAGGAAGUUAGAAAGAGCGGAGAAACAGUCCCAGAGACACAGUAUGAGCAGGAAGAAAGGUUACCCCUGGCUGAAGUGGCAGUUGCAGAAGAACAUAAUGAAACAGUCGUGACAUUAGACAAAAACAUAACUGAAACUGGGUCUGAUGAAAAGGAGGUCACAUAUUUUAUUGAUCAAGAACCAGAGAGAAUGCGUAAUGUAGUAAAUGAACAAAUAAGCAACCACACAGAGGAAAAGGACUUCUCUGAGCAUGAAAAAUGGGACAGGAAGCAUGAACAAGUUGUGUUUCCUGCAGUGAAAUUUAUCCCGACAAGCCAGCCUCCAGUUAUUGUCAAAGCAAGCGACAGACAAAUAUCAAACAAGCAGUCACAAACUCUUUCUCACUAUGAGCGUGAAGAGGAGGAGGGGAUGAACUCUGUUGAUUCUUUGCCAGCAUCGCAUGAAGUUUCGGUGAAAGAAGUGGUGGAAGCAUGCUGUGCGUCUGGACAGCAGUGGGCUUCACACAAUGGGCAGUGCAUUGACAUGCCACAGAGUGAGAUUAACACAUCUGUCUGUAGAAUUGCCCAGAAACAGUGCUGUAUAGGAUUCUUAAAAGAAAGCAGUUGCUUGGCUGGAAUGACCGCAGCAAAAGAGGGCGAAGAUUGUGAGGCAAAUGAAAGUGAUACCUGUGGAAAAGACUCCUACAAGGAAUGCUGUAGCUGUUGCUCUCUUGGUUUAAAACUCAGAAGUGAGGGACACAGCUGCGAGGCCCACCAGUUUUUGGGAUACCCCUGUAGCCAUGUGUUCCUGACAUGCUGCGAGGGAGACGAAGGCUUCGUCCAGCCCACUUUAAAACAGAGAAUGGAGCCAGAGGCAACGUCUUUGCCAGAGCGAGUUUCAGACACUGAAUACCCCAAAGAGGCUUUCUCUGUGGUUGGUGAAGAGGAGAAAGAAAACAUUGUUGAUGAAGAGGAUGGUGAAGAGAAGAAAAAAAACACUGCUGAUGAGGAGGACAGUGAAGAGCAGAAAGAAAACACUAUUGAUGAUGAAGAUGAUAUCGACGAGUGCCUGAUCUAUGCAGGGCAGCUUUGCCACCAAAGCUGCAUCAACACCUGGGGAUCCUACAUGUGUGCCUGCUUUCCAGGACACGUCCUGCUGGCUGACGGAUACACCUGCAGACCAGAAAGUGAAGACCAUGAAGACAACAACAGGUUAAAUGAGGAGGAAGAAACACCUGCUACUGAGGCAACUCCAAUGGAGGCCCCUACCACUACAGUUCCAAUUGAAGAAGAAGACCUGUGUAAAGACAAUGGUGGCUGCAUGCAUCAUUGCUCUCAGGUUGGAAGGGAGGUGACCUGUUCCUGUUUCCAAGGAUAUGCCCGAAUGGGGGAUGGGAUUUCAUGUGAAGAUGUUAAUGAGUGUCUUACUGACUCACACAACUGCCAGGCUAGGGAGCGAUGCAUUAAUACCAUCGGUUCCUUUAAGUGUGAGAAGGAAAUCGUCUGCCCCCCAGGGUAUCAGCUAAAGGGUGACAACUGUGAAGAUAUUGACGAGUGUGCUGUGGGCAGUCAUAACUGCAAUGUUGGUCUAGAGUGUCAGAACACUGUGGGCUCCUUCUACUGUAAUCCAAAACAGGGCUGCCUCACUGGAUUUGUACAAGACCUGAGUGGAAACUGCAUUGACAUAAAUGAAUGCACCAGCCUAAUAGAGCCCUGCUCUACUGGAUUCAAUUGCAUCAACACGGUCGGUUCUUAUACCUGUCAGAGGAAGAUCGUCAUGUGUAGCAGAGGGUAUCAUGCCAGCCCCGAUGGAACCAGGUGCAUUGAUGUUGAUGAAUGCCAAGCUGGAGUGCACCGCUGUGGAGAGGGGCAGAUUUGCCACAACUUGCCGGGCACUUACCGCUGUGACUGCAAGACGGGCUAUCAGUACGACAUGUUUAGCAGGACGUGUGUUGAUGUAAACGAAUGCUGGCGCUACCCAGGACGGCUAUGUGCCCAAACCUGUGAGAACAAUCCCGGGUCCUAUCGGUGCUCGUGCACUUCGGGCUUUGCAUUAGCAUUCGAUGGCAAGAACUGUGAAGAUGUAAAUGAAUGUGUCAACAACCCUUGCAGUCAGGAGUGUGCCAAUAUCUAUGGCUCCUACCAGUGCUAUUGCAGACAAGGCUUCUAUCUUAAAGAGGACGGACAUUCUUGUGAAGAUAUUGACGAGUGCACUCAGAGCAUUGGCAAUCUGUGCGCUUUCCAGUGUGUGAAUGUGCCAGGCAGCUACCAGUGUGCAUGCCCUGAACACGGAUAUACCAUGUCACCCAAUGGAAGAACCUGUCGAGAUAUUGAUGAGUGUGCUGUUGGAGCUCAUAAUUGCUCAACAGCUGAGACGUGUUAUAAUAUCAAGGGUGGGUUCAGGUGUUUGUCAUUCAGCUGCCCACAGAACUACAAAAGAGUGUCCGACAUGCGCUGUGAACGCGUCAGCUGCUUAAACUACGUGGAGUGCCAGAGCAGCCCCUUGAGAAUCACCUACUAUCAGCUGAGCUUCCAAACCAACAUUGUGGUCCCAGCCCAGAUAUUCCGCAUUGGGCCCUCACCUGCCUACUCCGGAGACAACAUCAUUAUCAGCAUCACGAGCGGGAAUGCAGAGGACUUCUUCAGCACCCGGAAGCUGAACCCUUACACGGGCGCCGUGUACCUGCAGCGGCAAGUCCGGCAGCCGAAAGACUUCUUGAUAGACGUUGAAAUGAAACUCUGGCGCCAAGGAGCUUUCACCACCUUCCUCGCUAAGAUUUACGUGUUCAUAACAGAUCAUGCUCUCUAAGCUGUUUCUGACAGGCAUAUUUCAUAUGGUGCUCAGCUAUAAGCUGUUAAGUUUAAGAUUUUAGACAAUUGCUACUGUGGAAGUUUACUGUAUGCUAUUCCUUUUUUUUUUAAAUAUACUAUCUAAUAUAUCAAGGACCUUAAUGUUAAAGCCAUGCUGAAUUUCUAUAACAUAGGUUGGUGCUGAUGACAUACUUUGCAGUCGAAAAGCAAAUCAUGUGUGACACGAUUGUUGCAGUGCAUUGUAAUGGCUUCAUUGCCAUUCUUGCUUAUGUCUCUAAAAAAAAAAAAAAAAAAAACACCUUUUUCCAAA